UGCGAAGGAUAAUUGCAUGUAUCUUAAAGUGAAUACUGACUGAUGGUUUGUUAGUGCAUUCUAAGUCAGCCUCAGUUGUGUGGAUUUUGGAAGUGGUGUGUGGACAUAUUUCUCCUUGGACACCACGGGUAUCACAACUUCGGAGGAUAGCUGUCUAUUACUUGGGCACUGAGAGCGUUUUUCUCCAGUAACGGUGACUGAAAUUCCUCUUGAAGAUGGCUGACUUGGAUUUCCAGAACAACCCCAUGUAUCAGGUCAUGGGAGUGCCAGAUGCAGUUAAGAUGAACCAGCUGCAGAACCUGCUCCAUGAUGCCCUCAUCUCCACCGACCAUGUGCAGCAGUGCGCCAUCGUCCGCCGCAAGGACUGCUCCGUGAGGGCUAGCUCAGUAGGCUUCAACCUGUACCCCGACCAGGUGCAGAUGCUGCUAGACGCCUUCAAGAAUCCCCCCCAGACUCGUGAGGAGGGCAUCUACUUUGAUGACAAGCAGUACAAGUGUGUGCGGGCUGACAAGAACUCAAUAUAUGCUAAAUGUCACAAGAAAGGGUUGAUCCUGGUGAAGACUGUCUCUCUCCUGCUCGUGGCCACAUACACGGACAACAUGUUCGCCAGCGUCUGUGUAGAAGCCUGUGGAGAAACUAGCUGAAUACUUCAAGGAAAAGGGAAAAUGAGAGAGGUUCACUGUGUGAUUGCUGUUGUUGGUAAUGCUUUGAGAAUGUGACCGAGAGACUGUGAUCCUGAGUGAAGUGUGUGUGACAGUCUCCAGCGUCAAUGAUGGUGCCCAGGAGCUGUGACAUCAAUAUCCUGAUGAGGACAGCUGAUGCUUCUAAAUACCAUUCUUGGAUUACUUGGAUUUCACUGAUUUGGCAAACUCCAUGUGGCUAAAGUCUGGUACUGGUCACAGUACCCCUCCCACAUCUGUACAUUCUGUGACUUCAUCCCACAGACUGGACUGGAAUCAUACAUCCCUCUUUUUAAACAGAUUUUUUUCUUCCAAAUGUUCUGUUCUCACUCGAGGGGCCGUGGGGUAGCCUAGUGGUUAAAGCGUUGGCUCGUCACGCCGAAGACCCGGGUUCGAAUCCCCACAUGGGUACAU